UUUUGCUUGUUAAAGAUUCUGUGUAUUUGUGCAAGAAACCAGUGGAGGCAACAUGGCUGAUCAAGGGGAAAUGAAGCGUUGCUCAAACUGCAAGCGUGACAUCUCUUCGUCCAACUUUGUAAUGCACGAGAUGCACUGUCGCCGACAUAUUGUCCUUUGUGACCACUGCCAGGAACCUAUACCUCGCUCGGAGCUGGAGCAGCAUUUCAAUGACGUACAUGCCAAAACGCCAUGUGUACUGUGCAAGAUGGAAGUAGCGAAGGAGAAUAUGGAGAAACAUAUGGAAAAUGACUGUGCCAAGAAGCCAAUGCAUUGUCAGUUCUGUGAGCUGAGUUUCCCGAAAGCUGAUUUGGCGUCUCACUUUGACUACUGCGGUAGCCGUACAGAGUGCUGCCCCCUGUGCCAGCAGUACAUCAUGCUCAAGGACAUGGUUCAGCACGAAAACUCGGGAUGCUCCUACCCUGAGCCGAAGCCCGCUGCCGCCCCAGCCAGCAGUAACACAGAUCCCUUCCGCAUGGAAGAACUUCACUAUAUGCUGGACGCCCAUGACUUUGGUUCGAGAGAUAUGUUCCCCGAUGUCACCUCAAACUUACGCAGAGAGCUGAACCGCAACAGAGCCGCUGAGCCCGAAGCCUCCGCCAGGCCCUCGGCUGCCAGCGGAAACAAACCGAGCUUAUCUAAUGCCAGGAGGGCCAAGAACUCCACAAGCAAAAAGUCGGACGUGAAUGUUCAGAGAGCGAGAAAUCUGGUGCCCAUAGAAUCCUCGGAAGACGACUGGAAGUCUUCUAUACCUCCUGACAUGGAUUACGACACGAUGCUGGCUCUGCAACUGGCUCAUGAGGACUGGCAAGAGGAUUUGACACCAACAGUGAGAGAUGACCGCCAACAAAUAGACAACAGAUUCAAUAUGGCCGACUUUAGGUGGGAGAGAGGGGAGGAAAACAUUCCAGAUUUCCAGAGGAACAUACAGACUCAGGAACCCAGUCGGCAGAAUGCAGGACAAGCAUAUGAAGAUGAGGAUAUGAGCAUCCCGUGUGAGUUUUGUGAAAUGGAGAUACCUUUGACGACCUACUUAGAACAUGUUGAGACUUGCCCUCUUGGAGAAUCAGCAUCCGACAACAGGAACAAUGAAUCAACGAGUACGCAGCCACACACAAGAGCAUCCAUUCCAGUCAUAAACAACUUACGUGCGGACGAAUCUGCUUACAGCGAUGUGGGUGCCCCCCUCACACUUGAUGAUCUUGACGAGCAAGUGGUCCUUCCAUGUGAGUUCUGUGAAGAAGUCUUUCCAUCAGACAUCAUCUUUCAGCACCAGAAUGUGUGUCAAGCCAACAUGUCUGCCUCUCGAGCCACGACUCCUGCCAGUGUGUCAAGAAACCUCAACACCAAACCUCCGUCCAAUCCAACGUCUUUCAAACCCAAGUCCAAGCCUAAGCGGCAGCUAGAUCCCGCGCCCAUCGAUUUCGUAGACAACGAUGAUGAUGAUGGUAUGGUAGCUCAUGCCAGGGGACGUAACCAGGGAGCCAGCGAGGGAUUGAAUUACUUUCGCUUUCGCAAAGUUUCCGAUUCUCCCACUGACAAGUACAAGCCUCCUGUGAACAGGUUUGACGAUGCAAUGGCCCGCCCGCCCCGCAGGCCCUCACGGCAGCUAGAGGAAGAAGUCGAGAUCCCCACGUCUAACGGGCUCACGGAUAGAAGACCCAGUAAAAGUGCCCAACGAGCUCGGGCCAGACUCAACCAAUUGUUGCAGGAGGAUACUGCCAACGGCGCUACAUCGGGCGCUACUGCUGGGACGAGAAAGACGCCAAAGCCACUCGGAGUGGUGGACAAAAAUCAGCCAGGCACGAGAGACCGCAAGACGCACGUGACGAGUCGCACGGUGAUGAACCAGCUGGACCGGGCGGGACAGAGACCCAGCAGGAACAGGUCAGAGGACAACCCAAGCAGCCAAGCACCGGCAGGGAGACAUAGGCAGCGUGCAGACCACGUGUUCAGUCCGGAGCUGAGGCUGAAGCCAGACCACAACCCUCCACCCAAGAAACGAUGACCCAGGAACAGCUAUACCUUUCAUCAAGUUUACUAGACACACCCCCCAUCCCCGUCCGCCUGUGAUAAGCCCAUGGCUUCAAGCCUGCAGCAUCUUUUUUCCACGUACAUUUUGUGAAGAACGCUGUGUUUUCCCUUCCUGAACGAUUUCACUUGGUUCUCGUGAGGACGAUGAUGAGAGAAAACCAUAGACACCUUCACUGUUUGAAACUAGUAUUUGAUGUUGAAUGACAUGGUUGAAUGACCUCUGACAUUGUGUGCUCAUCUACAUGGCUCUGUCCUACUGCUGUCAGCUGAAGUUCCAGUGCCACGUCAUAGUAGAGAUUUAUCAACUGUAAUUGCAAGUUACAAAAUUUUCUUUCAUGUUUAAAAAAAAAUUGUUUUUUUUACUUUUGCUACCUUUUAUGCUUUUGUUCUUUUGAUUUGACGAAAUGUUUGAAAUGAAAGAAAACACAAGAAGAUGAGCUGAUAUUUUUUUGGAAAAUGAAGUGUGGCUGUUCAAUGAGUGUGACUGAGGUUUGCCUUCUACUUAUACAUUUUGGAUUUUGCAGCCGGCAACCAGUUUACUCAAUCAAAUCGCUGUUCUCGACCCUAUGGGCAUUCUGUAGGACACAUAACUUUUUUUUUUCACUUUUCCCAAUUUUUAGCAUAAUUUUUCUCUCUGUAAUAUCCUCUUUUUUAAAGAUUUUUUUUAGCAGCUUUGUAAAACGGAUUAGUACCUUAUGAUACGUAACGCAACUUCUGUUUUUCUUUGACUGUCGGCA